CGGUCUGUUUUGAGUGAAUCGAUGCUUUAUCUAGCGUUAUACGCACGGAACCUGUUUUUGUUCUGUGCGCGCGUGUGUGCCGUUAGCGGCCGACUGUCCUUAUCUCAUGCCUGCAAGUGCACCAAGACAGCCUGAUAAAACAUCCAGACGGGUGUGUAACGUGAAGGUCCCUAUGUCUCAUUUUUCAGGCGGGAAAGCCUUCGGGUUACUCAAAGCACAGCAGAGGGAGAAGCUGGAGGAAAUCAACAAGGAGUAUAUGGAAGAUCAGAAGUACCGGGAUGAAGAGGAUUUGCCAGAGAAGUUGAAUUCUUUUAAAAAUAAAUAUGCCGAGUUUGACCUGAACGAUCAGGGAGAGAUCGACAUGAUGGGCUUGAAGCGAAUGAUGGAGAAGUUGGGUGUGCCAAAGACUCAUCUGGAGAUGAAGAAAAUGAUCUCCGAGGUGACAGGAGGUUGCAGCGACACCAUCAACUACAGGGACUUUGUGAAAAUGAUGCUUGGCAAGCGAUCAGCUGUUCUCAAACUGUAA